AUGGCCUACUCCGUCAAUACCAACAUCUUGUUCGUUCUCUCUGCUCUCCUCCUCUUUGUGACCACUCAGGCCACCCCCGUUGACCCUCUGCUCCCUACAUGCAAGACCGUAGGCGGCGGCACCCCGGACAUUGGCAUCCAGUUCUGCAUGGACGCCUUCCACUCCGAUCCCCGGAGCGCACAUGGUGGAACUGACCAAGAGCUCGGCAUCGUCGCAGUCGACCUCCUCACGGCCAACGCCACCAGCACCAAGGCCAAGAUCGAUGGCCUUCUCGUCGGCAAGACGGAGGGCGCCACCACACAGUGCCUCAGAUCGUGCCAAGCACUUUAUGGUGGCAUAUUGCAGGGGCAGCCUGGCUGCGCCGCCGCGGCCAAGGCCGGGAAGUUCCGCGAGGCGGACAAGUCCCUUGGGAAAUCGGCAGCCGCAGCCAAGGAGUGUGAGGAUGGCUUCAGCAAGAAAAACUUCGCGUCGCCGUUGACGGUGGAGAACGGCAAUGCAUUCCGGCUCGCGAACCUCGCUGCCGCCUUACUCUUCUAG